AUGAAGUUGCAGACGGAGGCCGCCGCCGCCGCCGGGGGGGAGGGGAGGCUGAUGAUCCGGCAGGUGUGGGCGAACAACGUGGAGUCGGAGUUCCAGGCGAUCCGGCAGGUGGCGGAGCGGUUCCCGUACGUGUCCAUGGACACGGAGUUCCCGGGCGUGAUCCACUGCCCAAGCAAGCACCACGCGACGCUGACCCCGUCGGAGCGGUACGCGGCGCUCAAGGCGAACGUGGACGCGCUCCACCUGAUCCAGGUGGGCCUGGCGUUCGCGGCGUCGCCCGACGCGGCACCGGCGGUGGCGUUCGAGAUCAACCUGCGGGAGUUCGACCCGCGCGUGCACCGCCACAACCCCAGCUCGGUGGCCCUGCUGGCGGGCCACGGGCUGGACUUCGCGAAGCAGCGGAGGGAGGGCGUGGACGCGCGCGUGUUCGCGGCGCUGCUCAUGUCGUCGGGGCUGGUGUGCUCCGGGGCCAGCGCGCCGACGUGGGUGACGUUCCACUCGGCCUACGACUUCGGGUACCUGGUGAAGCUGCUCAUGGGGCGCAAGCUGCCGCGCACGCUGACCGAGUUCCUGGGCCUGGUGCGCGUCUUCUUCGGCGACGAGGUGUACGACGCGCGGCACGUCAUGGACAGCUGCGCCGGGCUCUACGGCGGGCUGGACGCCCUGGCGGCGCAGCUGGGCGUGAAGCGCGCGGCGGGGAUGUCCCACCAGGCCGGGUCGGACGCCGCGCUCACCUGGGACGUGUUCCGCCGCAUCCGGGAGGUCUACUUCGCCGGCAACAGCAGGCAGGGCCAGGGCCAGGGCGUGGGCAACUUCGCCGGCGUGCUCUACGGGCUGGACCUGGAGCUCCACCUCGCCGCGCCCGCCGACAACGGCAACGGCAACGGCAACAGGAACAACAACAAGAACAAGUGCGGCAGCGGCAACGGCGCCGGCGGGCGGGGCAACAACAGGCGGGCCGUGGCGGCGCUGAGAUGA